AUGUCCGAUAACCAUACCUCCGAAAAGGCCCUCCUUGGCCUCAAGAUGGCCCAACAAUAUCUAGGAGAGAAACUUUUGACAGCUUUACGCAAAGAUACUCGGUCUGAUCUCUUUACCAAGACCUUGGAAGAGUACACGGCAGAGGUCACCCUCUCAAGUUAUGCUCGGCCAGGUUUAUCCUUUCGAGAGAGGAACUUGAUGAACAUUGCAAUGUUUGUAGCGCUCAACCGACCACAUGAGCUGCGUAUCAACCUGCAAUCCGCUGUUCAUAAUGGCCUGUCGAAGGAACAGAUCUGUGAGGCUAUCAGGCAUGCAACGCUUUACUGUGGUAUGGCUGCCGGAAGGGACGCCUUUUUGUUGGCCAGCGAAGUCUUCGGUGUAUCAAAGAUAGAAGCAAACUAG